GCCAUGCCUGGGCUUUUAAUCACUUCAAAAAGAAAGCUACUCACUUUUAGCAUUUUCCUUUGUGCUUCCACAGGAAGAGAUUGACAAGAUUGAGGAAAUUCCAACAUGGGAAUGCCCAAAUUUGACUGGAUUUCAACCCAUGUGGAAAAAGCCUUGAGGUUGCUUGGUCAAUGCUGGCAGCCCACCGCAGCUGGGGACUCCGAGUCACUUGGACAUCAUGGUGUAUCGGCGGCCACCGUCGGCGUAUCGGCUCUCGCCCAGCAUCUCUUCCACUUUGAGAUCACCUCCCAGGUCCCGAAAGGACUCAGCAAGCAUGUGGUCUCGUCCAAGAAGGCUCAAGCUAAUUGGUACAGAAAACUACUAGAGGCAUGGAGAGAAUCAAAACCCCCUCCAGAAACACCUGAAGAAGCUGCUAGACUUAUCAUUGAGACUCUGAAGACAGACCAAAAAGCAGAUGUUGAGGGUUUAUUGACUUUCUACGGUCUCCCUCUUCCUCAUACCUUAGUCGAACUUACUGUUGUGGUCCCAACAUCAUUGCCUGCAGGCGUAAAAUAUGAAUUUGAGACGUUGCUAGUUGAUGCAAAAGCUGUAGCAGAUGGAGAUGGUAUGACGGUGUAUGUCAGUACAACAGACCCCCGGGAAUCAUCGUGCAUUCCUAGUGAUGUACAAAUAGCAGUUGUCCAAAGAUCAGAAGCACGUGCUAAGAAAAAUUAUGCAGAGGCUGAUGCACUUCAUAAAAGAAUUAUUAAUUCUGGAUAUAGGGUACUACAUAAUUUUCAAAACAAGGAGGAGAUCCUUGCUCGUAAGUGUAGAAUUCGACUAAGGGGAAUAGAUGCACCAGAGAAUUCAAUGCCAUAUGGGGAGGAGGCAAAGGAAGAGCUGACUAAUAUUGUUCAGGGAAAGUGUUUGAGAGUGCUUGUUUACGAUGAAGAUCAAUAUGGCCGCUGCGUAGGUGAUGUAUAUUGCAAUGGAAAAUUCGUGCAGGAAUUAAUGCUCAAGAAAGGGCUUGCAUGGCACUACACAGCCUACGACCAACGCCCAGAAUUUGCAAAAUGGGAAAAAGAGGCCCGAGCCAAGCGAGUUGGCCUAUGGGCUUCAGCGAAUCCUGAGAAGCCAUGGGAAUGGAGAAAGGACAAACGCGAAGGGAGAUAGCGUGCGUGACGAGAGUCAUAAAAUGGACUUGCAUCCAAGACAAGAGCAGAGAUGCCUGGAGAAGCGGAGAAAGAACUUGUAAAGAAGCUUCUAUCCUUUAUUAUUAUUAUUAUUAUUAUUAUUAUUAUGUACAAAUGGCAUUUAGCACUAUGCUGUCGUAACUUAAUAUUUUAAGUCAACUUGUUAGUUAAUGCGUAGA